CAACUUCGAUUGAGCAGGGUGGGGGAGGGGCAGUGGUCUACAGAAAGAGGAAACGGUGUUGUGACCUAUAAAUGGGGCCACACGGGGGCGCUGUAGCCCCCGGUGCCAAUUAUUUAUAUAGACGUAUGUUGUUGUUUAUUUAUUAAAAUAUGUUUUCUGUACUGCCUUAACUAAUACAGUUGGUUAGGAACUGAGCGAACAUGGCAACCAUUGCACUAUUCAAAUUGUAUGCAUGUGUAAUAAAUUAUUGUUAAAUUCUAAUGAAGUAUUUACGGAUUUAAAUUACUUUUUUCGACACUAUAUUAUGACGUUAUUGACACACUUAAUUCUGAAUUUUUUUAAAAUAUAUCUUUUUUUAAGUAAUCAAAAGGUUAUAUUAUAGUAUGUUUAAAAAAAAAAAAAGCAAUGGUAUGUCAAGAUUAGUCAUACUUGGUUUGUGUCGAAAAAGACAUCUUAUAGUAUGUUGCCAUAGUAUAAUGUUUAAAAAAUGCACAGUAAAAAAUAAGUUUGUUUAACAACGAUUGACUAACAUUUAACUUGAUGUUGCUUUUUUUAUUUUCACAGAUCGCAAUGAAACUGUUGGAAAGCUCCAGCUUUGAAGCCCUCGGCUCUCGGCUGUGUGUUGAAACAGGAGAGUCUCGCAUUCUUGGCAGGAUGGAGAGCUACUCCUGUAAGAUGGCAGGGGACGAUAAACAUAUGUUCAAGCAGUUCUGCCAGGAGGGGGAGCCCCACGUGCUGGAGGCCCUCUCUCCCCCCCAGUCCACCAGCCCUUCAAAGUUGGGGAAGAGCAGUGAGGACGGGGAGAACCCCUUGAGUGACAAGUGUUGCAGGAAGACUAUCUUCUACCUCAUCACCACGCUCAACGAGUCCUUCAGACCGGACUACGACUUCAGCGCCGCACGAGCCCACGAGUUCAGCCGGGAGCCCAGCCUCAACUGGGUGGCCAAUGCAGUGAACGGCAGCCUGUUCUCAGCUGUGGGAGAGGAGUUCAACUCUCUGGGGCCGGAUCUGUGGAAUGCCAUCGACCAGGAGAUCAACCUGCAGAGCUGUGACAUUUACAGCUACAACCCUGAUCUGGACUCGGACCCUUUUGGUGAAGAGGGGAGCCUCUGGUCCUUCAACUACUUCUUCUACAACAAGAAACUUAAGAGGAUCGUAUUCUUCACGUGUCGCUCCGUCAGCGUCUUGAGUGGCUACGGCCGCGAUUGUCUCGACAACGAGCUGGACAUGGAGCUGGAAGACGAGGAGGAAAUGGACGGCUUCACUGAGGACAGGUUCCCCAGAGUUCUGUGCGUGUGAAUUUCCCCGAUGGACGCCUCGGCCAAAGAAUGUCUCAGCUUUUCCUCCUCAUUUUUCACCCCACGUCAUGUUUUUUUUUUUUUGUUGUGUUUUUUGGGAUUUUGCUGCCUCAUCAAAAGCCAUUUUCACGCUUUAGACCAAUGCAUGUUUGAAGCCUUCUAUUCUGCUGGCAGUGAUUCGUGUACCGUGAGCUGGUGGACAUUUUCUAAAGACUCUUAAAAACUUAAAAGCUCCACCUUUCUCCAGUAUGGAUUUUGACCCUAUGCUCCAAACAGAACACACACACACACACACACAGACAUAUAAGCUUCUCUACUCCUGCCACAUUUACAAAGAGACUCUUCAUGGACGCUUGAGAAAAACGAAGGUCUUGUAAUAGUGGCCAACAAAGACGGCAAGCGAGCUGAGUUUCUGGCAAAUGAUGUCGCAGAGAGGAGUCCAGAAAUCACCAGCAUCAAAGGAAACAGACAGUUUAAAAUCGAUGGUAUUCCUACCUGAGGAAGAGGCCGUGUUUGGUCCGUGGAAACCCGGUUCAGACAGCCACAGACUGAUCGGCGGAGAACUCAUCUGUUUCAUUGUUUGCUAUUUGUAUGUGUUGCUUUUUAUUUUUAUGCGUUGCUGUGAGAACUUUUUUUUUUUUUUUUUUUGAGCACUGAGUUUGAAAUUCAUAAACGCUGCAUUUAUAACUGAAACUGUUUAUUUUUUAAUCAUAUUACUGCGGAAGCUCGUCCGUACUUUAAACAGUAGGGCACGGCCGAGGAAACAAGGCCCCUGGGUGCAGCUUAGAAAGCAAGUUUUUGAUAAACGUCCCCAUUAUGUUUCAAUCUGCUCUUCUUCAGGUCCGUGAUUACUUUUAUAUGUCGUCUAAAUCUAAUGUUUUUUCACUCUCCCAUAAUCUAUUCCUGUUUCUAAACGUCUUGCCAGUGUUUUUCUUUGCUUAUUACCUCGGUUCAUCAAAGGCUUCAUUGAAAAGUGAAUGUAUAAUACAAUUUAGAUGAGAAAAUAUUACAGUAAAAUGGCUGUUUAAUGUACUUUUUAUUAUUUGUUUUAGAUAUUGAGACGCUCCUCAUACGUUCCUUACAAGUGGUUAGGAGUCGUGUCUUUUCUUGACUGCUCUGUGCUUCGUUUGAUUGGCGAUUAUAUUGCAGAUGAGAAUAAACUGUUUGAAUCCUA